AUGACUGAGCGUGUGGGGAAACCAAAAGGACGAAAAAAGAAAGAAAUAGUGAGGGCAUCAGCUUCAGCCUCAACUAGCGAGACUCCUGCCACGAAGCCUUCACAUCAUGCGGUAUCUAUCGCAUCAAAAAAGCCUGCUACCCCGUUAGACAUGCCUCUUCAGAACCCCAUGUUUCCUACCAACAGUCGACAUGCUGAACAGGUGGAGAGGGCCACGAUAGCCAUCCGCUACCACUACAGACCUCCUACCUUCAACCAACCUUCGAAAGCCUUGUCAUCAACAUUGGACAAUGCCUUCCUUACCCAUUAUGUAGAGCUCAAUCAUGUUAAAAACGCCUAUGCGCCUGAAAUCCAGUGGCUUGCUCACUUGCCAGAAAUAUUUAGUAGCGCCUCCAAGCCCGCUGUCAGACUAUCACUUCGUGCAAUGUCGAUGGCAUUUUACGGCAAGUACCAUCAUGACUCAAGUAUACUCAUCGACUCCUGGAGAUGGUACACUGUUGCAUUGAGUGUGCAGCGAAACUCGAUAGCAAAAAUGAAAAAGAACAAUAUCCCAGAUGAAGGAGAAGUUCUGGUACCGCUUAUCCUUGCGCUAUAUGAGCUCUACGUUGGCGCAACGUCUGCUGGCUUACUCGCACACUUGGAUGCAGCAGGAGAGAUCAUGAAGAUGCGAGGCCCAGCCAACUGUAGAUCUGGCGUAAUCUGGCCACUCUUCAAAGCCAUCCGCGGCCAAGAGGCUCACAGGUCAAUCGUUUUUAACAAGAAAUCGACAUUUUGCUCCCAAGAUUGGAUGACAAUACCAUUCGUCGAUAUGCCCAGCGACCCACACCAGGAUCUCGCCGGUAUCAACCUUAUGAUACCUUACUGUACAGCCUAUCUAGAGAUUCCAGGAUCUUUGCGUACUAUUUUUGAGAUGACCGUACCGCCCAAUGUUGAUGUGAUACCUGCUCAGGAACUCAUAUCUAAAUUGCUCAAAGAUCUCGACGGCUGGGCCAAAAAGUACCCUCAUUUAACGAAGCAAUUCACCAACCCUGAAAACACCCAGACCCCAGAGUCUUCCUCGCAAUCUCCAAAACAGAAAUAUCCAAAAAUAGGAAAGACCGACCCAGUCAGGGCACUGAUCAGUUCAAACUACAUGGCAGAUAGAGUCUUGCUCAAUAUGCUCAUGUACAAGAUCCACACUGAAUCCAGUACUCCGUUGACACCAUCCGAGCAUAGCAUAGGACACUAUUAUUCCGAAGCGUAUAACUAUUCCCGAGCCAUACUGCAGACUGCAGCCGAGGUUGAACGCGCAAAAACGCCUGGGUUCGACCUUUUACGCAGCGUCGCUCCUGUGUUGAUUGUGGUUUAUUGCGGUCCAACGCCGGAAAUAAAAAUGGAAGGGAAGAUGAUGUUGGGCAGAUGGGCAAGCCAAAUUCAGGGGCUUGCGUCGACCUUGGAACGCUUGUGA